CUGAAUACGUCCAACUGAACAAGAUGGCGGAUGAGGCGGCUUGUAAAGCGUCCUUUGCGUCUCAUGGCGUUAUGUGAGAUCAUUCCCAAUUUAAAAUCAUCCCGAUAUUAGGCGUAAACAGCUGUAGAUUCCACAACAACACUGCUUGGUAUUUCCACAGUUUCUUGUCAAUAAUAUGGAUACAAACGCAUUUUUCAACUUGAACAAUCUCACGACGGAUGAUGUGCAGAAUCUCGCAGGCAGUGCUGCAGAUUUCUUGAUGGGAAAUGGCGUCCUCUAUCGCAGUAAAUCCUCUGCAGAUCAGGUGGAGCACGCUCCUUUUAUGCUCUUUCCAACGCCGUAUCCGAGAAAGCUGUUUGAUCAAGCAAAAGCCGUUCAGAAGGAUUUCAACGAGUUGGUCCACAAAGUUAGUUUGGAUCAUGAAUUUCUCAAGGAGUCUCUGCAAAGUACAAUGGCUGUUGACAAAUUCAUGGGAAGAAUCUAUGAGAUGUAUGAGCAAAUUAGGAAAGAAGGCAUUGCCCAGCCCAUCUCACUGUCCCUGCUGAGGUCUGACUACAUGAUUGACAGUGAUAAGCCCACAUUUAAUGGAGAUGUGAAUGACCUUAAGAUAAAACAAGUGGAGAUCAACACCAUUGCAUCUUCGUUCGGUUGCUUAGGGAGCAAGUUGCCAGGCAUGGGAAGUUAUGUGUUGGGACUCCAAGGAAAAGACAUACCUGUUGGUUCAAGACAGCUUCCAUACAAUAGAGCUCUGGAAGGAAUGGCUGAAGGAUUAGCUCAGGCCUGGGAAUUCUAUGGCUCUAACAAGGCUGUUGUGGUGAUGGUAGUGACAGAUGAUGAGAGGAAUGCUUUUGAUCAGAAGUUCUUAGAAUUUCACCUCCAUCAAAGGAAACCCAGAAUUCCACUAUUUAGGAGAUCACUUUCUGCUAUCUUGAAGAAUGGGGAAUUACGAGAAGACAAGAAACUCAUCUUGGAAGGACAUGAGGUUGCAGUUGUGUAUUUUAGAGCUGGAUACAGUCCUUCAUGCUACAAUUCUGAAGAUGCCUGGACAUCACGACUUAUGAUUGAGAGGUCCAAAGCCAUCAAGUGCCCCACUAUGGCCAUGCAGCUAGUUGGAACCAAGAAAGUACAACAAGUACUGGCAGAGCCUGGGGUCCUAGAGAGGUUUGUGUCUGACCAAGAUGCAUUGCGGCGAAUCAGAGCCACAUUCACUGGCCUAUACACCCUGGAUGAGGGCCCAGAGGGAGACAAGACAGUACAGCUUGCGUUACAAGAUCCUGACAGAUAUGUACUGAAGCCCCAACGUGAGGGGGGAGGAAAUAACAUCUUUGGUGAGGAUAUCAGGACUACAUUGAACCGUAUGACGUCCACACAUGACCGGUCGCAAUUCAUUUUGAUGGACCGCAUCCGGACGCCCACCAUCAUGAACUACAUUGUCCGGCCAGAGAUGGACGCUCCAGCACUAGCGCCUGUCAUCAGCGAGUUUGGAACCUUUGGGGUGUUGGUGAGCAUCAAUGACAAAAUACUGAUCAGCAGUGAAGUGGGUCAUCUCAUGCGCACUAAGAGCAUCGAGCAUCAAGAUGGCGGAGUGGCAUCCGGCCGUGCGAACCUGGACAGCCCAUUCCUCGUCGAAUAAUUUCGGCAGAAUAAGGCCUGGUAGCAACUGAGAGUAUAAAUUAUCCACUGCGAAACUAUCGUCAAUUUUUCUCCGAAUGCAUGGGCACGUCGCCGUUCCAAAGCCGUAUCAUACUUUGUCAUUUAAUCUCUAGGAUAUGAAAAUUACAUCAGAACCUUUCUAUAAUGGAUAUUUGUGAGACCGGACGUUUGAAGCGGUCCUUAUUAGAUGUUCGAUCCCACUAUAGUAAUACACGGCAAAAUAAAGGGACAACCACUAGGUGUUCGUCAUAAAGGGGUCCCAGUAUAGUCACACUCACUCAGAAACUUUCUCCAGCUUUCAUAUGAGGGACAUAAUUAUUCUCAGGCAAGAUUGGUUUCGUACAUUUUUUUUAUAUAUUUAAAUUCAGUGACGACUUUAUAAAUUAGAUUAGGAUAGUUAGGAAUGGAACUUCAAUUGUAAAAAUCGCUCAAACUUUUGAUGUCUGUUGGCUUCGGAGGUAACAUUUUCUUCCUACACGACCAGUUAGCUUUCUUGAUUUUUUCCUCUUGAAUAUAUCGCUAUAUUUUAUAUAUAUUUUAUAUUAUUUAUUCUAGUAGCGGACCCCUCAGAUAUCUAACUGUUGUACCUGACUGUAUACCAUACUACACCAGACUCUAUUCCUCAUAACCUCACACCGUAUUAGGUCAGAUGUUUGUGAAGUGAUUUCCGAAACACUAUUAAAGGGACCAAACCCUCAUCUGCGCAUCUCGUUUGCGCAUGUGGUUUGAAGUUUUUCGUGGGCCACUCCUAGGUGUAGAAGAACCAUAACAUUCAUGUGAGAUUUGUGAGGCUGCCUUGCAUCUCCCCUUUAAUGGUGGGAAAUUUAGUAAACCGUGGCCCACGAAAUACUCAUACCCUUUACAUAUUUCCUACACUAUUGUUUUUGUAUUUUAAUUUGUGCUUAUGGCUUAUACACUCAUAGUUUUUAAUUCGUGGGUUUGUAGAUUCGCUGUACUUGGGGAAUUCAAGAAUAAAAUCGGAUUCAAUGGAA